CAUCGUGCUACAAAGCCAACCGGGAAGUUGAGACAAGUGGCGGAGCCUGCUGGAGAACAACCGGAUGUUUCACUAGCUCGCCCGGCCGCAGCGCACAUUAGACAGCCUCAAGUGGUUGUUUUUUGGGGAGGACAUUUUGAUCACAUUCAACGGCUUCGUCUCUUGGCUGGCAUCCGAAAGGAAGCGUCCGGAGAAAGUGACAUGGCAAGUAGAGGCGGAGCUACCCGACCCAAUGGGCCCAACGGCGGCAACAAGAUCUGCCAGUUUAAGCUGGUUCUGCUCGGGGAGUCAGCGGUGGGGAAGUCCAGUCUGGUGCUCCGCUUCGUCAAGGGCCAGUUUCACGAAUUCCAGGAGAGCACGAUUGGAGCUGCUUUCCUGACCCAGACGGUAUGUUUGGAUGACACGACGGUCAAAUUUGAAAUUUGGGACACAGCCGGCCAGGAGCGCUACCACAGUCUGGCUCCCAUGUACUACCGAGGCGCUCAGGCCGCCAUUGUGGUCUAUGACAUUACCAAUGAGGAGUCAUUUGUACGAGCAAAGAACUGGGUGAAGGAGCUCCAGAGACAAGCCAGCCCAAACAUCGUCAUCGCCCUGGCAGGGAACAAAGCUGACCUGGCCAACAAGCGAGCGCUCGACUUCCAGGACGCACAGUCGUACGCCGACGACAACAGUCUGCUCUUCAUGGAGACGUCAGCAAAGACCUCCAUGAACGUCAACGAGAUAUUCAUGGCCAUUGCCAAGAAGCUCCCCAAGAAUGAGCCACAAGCAGCCGGUGCCGGCAGCGGGCGGAACCGGGGCGUGGACCUGACGGAGACGGCUCAAGCCAACAGCCGCAAAUGCUGCAGUAACUAAGACCACCCCCCCCCCCCAACACACACACACACACACAAACACACACACACACAUCGGGCUCCUCAGCUUCCUGACGUCAAACCUUGGUCUUCACCCCUUCCUCCUGGAAUAGCAAAAGACUUUGUAUAGCUGCAUUUCUAAACCUCUUGUUUUGUUAAUGUUCCUCUUUUUUUUUUUUUACUUUUUUUAAGAAGAGUAUCUCAGUAUAACGGAUGCAUGUUAUCACUACAACGCCUGACGAAAACUAACCGCCCACCUUCAAAAGACCAGCCUGCCAGCAUAAGGGCGGGGCCCCGUUAGUCGCAGGUGGAUGCGAGCGGGCACCCUUUCACUAACUAAUCCCAACAAAAGCGGUCUUUUCCUGCGAUGUCCCGGCCUGGUUGAGCUGCUGCUUCUUCUUUUGGAAAUUCAUUUUGCUAUCAUGAGACCUCGGUGAGAUGCUUCCUGUUGUGUCCUGCCGCAGCAACCUUCGUCAGCAUCAUCACCCUGCGGCUCAUUAGCUUCAUGGGGAAGGGGGGGGGGGUUGUUUUUGGAUGUCAUCGCUGAUGAAGAGAAGAUGCAACGUCUUUGUCUGGGAACAAGAGACAUGGCUUUGGAUUUCGGACAGUCAACACCACAAACGACCACAAGGCUUGUGUGGCUGCCGGCGAGCUCGCCAAGAGAUUCCGAACAAUUGUACAGUCCUAAAGGGUCCUUGUUGCUUUUUGUUUUUAUUUCAUAUUCUCUUCUUGUCUCCAAAACUGGUCAAAGCAUAACGCUGUGGUGGUCUUUUUUUCGUAUUAGCUCUGUGUAGUGUUAUUAACAAAACAAAAAAAAACCCUCUGGUGUCGUUGAAAAGGAACUUUUAAUUGCAUUGCACAGUGUUGAUCAUCAUGUCUUCAUUUUAUAUGAGCGAGUGCUUGUUGUGACUUGCUAACUCUCAGCUCCGUCACAGCAAAGUGGAUUUUAACCAUGAAAAAAACAUGACUAUGAUGAUGGACUGAUCACCUACAACUUAAUAAAUUCAAUAAAGAAGCUUCUUCUA